UGAGUGCAUCGUGUGUCAUGCUUUUUCUGGAUUUUUUGGAUAUUGAACAAGUUGUACGAAUUUCCGUUGGAAAAAUAUAGAGUUGGAUUAUUUUUCAGAUAAUAAAAGGAGUGUGAUAAUUUAUUUCAACGCGUUCUAUUUUAGUGAUGGAAGUGGUUUCCAGUCUGUUGGUGGAUGAGCGAGAAGAUGGUGAAAUUGUGGAUGACGAAGAUGUGGACUUUGAAGAAAUUUCUGACUAUUCGAUGCCUUCCUGCGGUGGUAAGUCUGAUUACAGUCGGAACAUAAUAAGGGCAAUUUCUUUGAGUAGCAUCAGUGGAGAUUCAGAUGAUAGGGACAGUGAGGACCAGAAGAACAAGUUUUACUUUCCAACUAAGAAAAGAAGAAGGCAUGGAAGAGUGCAUAUACAUAAGCGAAGAAGGAGAAUUUCGAUUUCUUCUUCUUCUGAAGAUGAGAAGCUAGAUAGUAGAACAUUGAAGCAAUUAAAAGAAGCUGUCAGAAUCAAUGUUUCUGAUGAAUUUCAUCAUAAUUCUCUUAGGACAAGGUUGAAAGGCAUGAUUGAUCCUGAUUCUCAAGAUGAAGAAUGUUUGAGGACGAUGGCAUUAAUUACACAAAGUAAUGAUAAACCUAAAAAUGAAGAAAAUGAAAUACAUGAUAAUGAAAAAGAUGAUCAUGAUAAAGAAUUAUCUGAAUUAAGAUUAGAAGCACUGAAAUCAGCUUUUCUAAAAAAAUAUAUAGAAAGAAAAAGAAGGAAAGAAAUUAAUGACAAAGAAAAUGAGGAACACAAGAAAGUGGAAGAAAAUGUAGACAUUGAAGAAGAUGUAGAUGUGAUGAGAGCUAUGCUUUUAGCUUCCAUGUCCAAGAAAAUCACUGAAUUACCUCCCAGCUCAACUCCAAUUGUACAAAAACAUCUUCCAAGUAAACCAACAUUUAUUGUGAAGCCACUAAUCAUCAAUCUUAACUCUGAUUCAGACUCAGAUAGUGAUAAUAAUAAUAAAACUCAACAAAAUCCUAAAAUUAGUGAAAAUGUUACUGCACUUUUAAGGAAACAAAGAGAAGAGUUUGAAGCUAAGGAAGAAGCAAAAGAAGAAGCUCUUCUGGAUAAAUCAGUAGUUAAGUUACUUUCCAAAGCACAGCAAAAAGAAUAUCAGUUACUCCAAGAAAAAUUACUUCAGGCAAAAAAUCUUCAAGUUAAGAAACUUUUAAAUGGUGUCCAUAACAACAAAGAUGCAACAUCGAAGAAAAAAUCACUGCUGGAUUUACAAGUACAGAAAGAUGGAAGGUUUCAAAUGAAAGGUAAGUAUAAGGAAUUGGCUCCACUGAAGAAAUUGGUAGAUCAAGCAAAUCUUGUUCGGAAGCAGCAAGAUGAAAAGACUAAGAGGCUACUCAAGGAAUUGAAUGAAGCUAAGCUGAAAUUAGCAUCUGACCAUAAAAUGUAUUCCAAUAUGGUUCAGAAAUUGUUGAAAGCUAAAGAAAAUAUAGAUAAACGCACAAAUGUGAACAAAAUUGAGCUCAAAGCACCUUUAGUUGAAAAUACUGAAGCAAAAAAUGUACCUGUAGAGGUAACACCUCCAGUUGAUAAAAAUGCAAUUGAUACAACAAAUGAGGUGUCUAAAUAUGUAUCACCAUUGGAUCAUAGGGAAAUCAAACAACCAAAUGCCAAUCCCUUGGAGUUCCUUUGUCCAUACGAACUAUUUGGUGUGUGCAGAGAUAAAGAUUGCAACUUCAAUCAUUGUACGUAAUGUAUAUAUUUGUUAUUAUAAAGUUCUAA